AUGUCUGACCCGAUAAAGAAGAGCGAAACUUUGAGAUGCUGCCGAUUGUUUCAUGUUCGAACUUUGGCCAUCGUCAUUGCAUUACUCGAAGUCACUUUCCUAUUAUAUCAGGUUCGCGUUAAAUACCUUGAACUUCGUCGAUUUCUCUUGAAAAGGCGAACGAUAAUAAUCUUAGAGGUGACUCAUGUUUAA